CGAGCAGCAACAGCAACAAGCUAGUUUAUCUCGUAAAAUACCACCACCGGCACAUGAUUCUAUUCAAAUAAAGAAGCUCCAAGACUCAAGUGCAAUACAUCAUCAGGUACACCAUAGCAAUAUCGAUAGCACUUCGCAAUGCCCAAUACAUACAACAACAGCAACAAACGACGAUAAAUUCAUAGACAAUGGCACCUUCCGUUCCACCCAAAUCGGAGGCAACAGGCGGAAAGAAGAAGAAGAAAAAGUCGAAGAGAAACAUUAUCGACAAGAUUCCCGACAUUCCAGGACAUGACUCCAAUGAUCAUCUCGUUCCCUAUGCCAUUUCUCCAUUGAAAACCAAUGGACUGGGAGUGGAACCGGAAGGAACCUCGGUCUGCCCCAUUUAUGUGAGUGAUUACGAGGAUUCGAGCGAGGUCGCCAUCCGGGGAGAUCGCAAAAUCAAUCACAAGCUCUUCCAAACGGAACUGCCGAGCACCACCAAAAACACCAACAAACCAACAGAGGAGAAGGCCGACGACAACGAAUUAGACCAUGAAGAAGCAGCACCACAAAAACCGGCAUCCCGAAAGAAACGAAACCUCAAAAAGAGCAUUAAAAAACUUUCGGACAAUAAAAAAGUGGAAAAUACUGGCAAGCUUCUCACGGAAGACAACCUCAAGGAAAUCGAGAAAGAACCUCUGUGUAUCGACGUAACAGCGUACGGAGAUGACGAAGACGAUCCUGUCUUGGAACGAGAACUCGAGGAGAUUGCCCUCAACGGACGUCGGUCGGGCCUCAUUAGCGGUACGCCCGAUAAGUUUGCGUACGAUACACAAAAAGGCAAACCAAAGGGCUGGAGGAGACUGACCAAAAAGACGAAGAAGAAGAAAAAUAAGAUCUCGCCGGACAUCGAGAACAAUUACAACGAAGACGAUGAAAGGAGCUGGCAUGUUGGAACCCUCACCAAGGACAAAGACGCAAAGAAGAAAAAGAUGUCUUUCGAAAAAAAGAUCUACUCUGUGUCUAUUAUAUUUGCGGUCUUGAUGGCAAUUGGUUGUUUGUCCUAUGGAAUCAUCCGAAGCAAUUACCCCAAACCAGGUGAUUCCCUUACAGCGGAACAGAAAGGGAUUCACGAAGUUCUGACCCGCGUCACGGGUGAAAAGACACUGACCGACACCGGAACGCCCCAGCACAGUGCAUGGGAGUGGUUGCUCUACACUGAUGAAGAAAUCUGGAACGCUGAAGGAGCCGAGGGCAUUAUCCAGAGAUUUGCUCUUGCAUGCUUUUACUUCUCGACCGGAGGCAACGACUCGAAACCGAAAAAGUGGGAAUCCAAUAACUGGAUGGAAGGUCCGGAAUGUGGGGACGAGAACCACGAGGCCUGGAUUGGAGUGAACUGCAACUCGGACGGAGAAAUUCGAGCUCUCGCUCUCGGUAAGUCGGCUAACGAACAAAUGAUGUUGCAAUGACUCAACCAAUGCAUCUCCUUUCUAACAAACCUUUUGCUUUGUUUUCCUAUUGUUAGACGCCUGGGGUCUAUCGGGAACCAUUCCACCAGAAAUUGGCCACCUUUCCAAACUCGAAAACCUGAUCUUGAAGAACAACCCGAAUCUGACUGGAUGGAUUCCACCAUCUUUUUCUCAUCUAGCGAACCUACGACAGCUCGGUCUCUACAACAACCAUUUGUCGGGAGUUCUCCCCGAUAUCUUCGAGCAUACCAAGUCACUGAAGUUCAUCAACCUAGAGAGCAACGAUAUUUAUGGUAGUAUCCCUCUUGAAAUUUCUCACCUGACGAGUUUGGAAACGCUAGUCCUUAAAGGCAAUCGAUUCGAGGGAAUCGUUCCAUUCAAACAACUGGCAUCGACGAGUGUGAGAUAUCUUGGUCUAAGCAACAACCGCUUCGCUGGGAGAAUUGAAAAAGCUAUUCACGAUGUCGAAACUCUUGAGUAUCUCUACCUUGAUCACAACGCACUAAGAGGCACGAUUCCCCCCCACAUUGGAAAUCUGAAACAACUGAAGUCCAUCGACCUAGGACACAACGCUUUCACCGGAGCUCUUCCCAUGUCGAUUGGAAACUUGGACCGAUUGGAAUACUUUUCACUGAACGACAACAAACUGGCAGGAAGUUUGCCACGAAGAAUUGGUUCUUUGACCAGGUUGAGUAAGUUUUCGCCGUUAAAAAUGGCACUGAGUUGUGCCUUUGACCCGUGUCUCGUUCUCUAACGUUUCUCUCCGUGCUUUCGGUUGUUCCUCCCACAGACACCUUGAAUAUGGCAUCAAAUACAUUCACGGGAACAGUACCGGAUCUAUCUACCCUUACUAAUCUAAAGAGUUUGCAGCUUUACAGCAAUGAGCUUCAGGGCACUCUCCCGAAAUCCCUCCAGCAUUUACAAAGCAUUGAAUCUAUCUUUUUGAGCUCGAAUAGAUUUACGGGAACUAUCCCUGAGGAGAUCAGCCUAGUGAGUCGAACGCUUACGGGCUUUUACUUGUCGGAUAACCUUUUGGUGGGCAGUAUUCCCACACACCUUUGCGAGUUCAUCGGCCUCGAGGCAUUAUUCUUGGACACGAAUAGGUUUGAUGGUACAAUACCAUCUUGUCUCGGUGAACUCGAAGACCUUCAACAACUUUAUCUAUUUAAAAACAAAUUAACGGGAACCGUUCCCACAACCUUCCAGAACCUGAAACACUUGAGUAAGUCAUGAGCAUGCCAUCUCUGAUCCCGAUUUAUUGAAUGUUUCUUUUCUAGUUUCCUUGUUCCGCUCUAACCUGGAUUUGGGAUUUUCCGACUUUAUUUGGAUGUUAAAAAUUUUACAGCUGGUAUUGGCUUAGAGUCCAACCAACUUGUUGGCGAGGUAUCCGACGAAGUCUGUGGACUUGUACAUCAUCAAGAAGUCGACAUGUGGGCAGAUUGUGGCGUUGGUGAAACUGCCUUACAAUGUCCAUGCUGCAGUGUCUGCUGUCCAGGAGAUUCCUGUGUUUAAACAUAUUCCAAAAGGAGAUAUCUUCAUUAACUUCUAUCGGUAUUGGAUCUAUAUUUAAUUGUUAUAAGAAAUGUUUUAAUGUUUA